GGCUUUAACACCGGGAGCAGUGAGCGGAGAGAAGCCGUUAGUUGCAUCAAAUAACGGCACAAACACCGAUGUUCGUUCGUUAAUCAGAGAUGGACCGACACCGGAAACAGCUGGAGGUGGUUCUAAACCCGGAAGCGAAGCCGCGAGGAGAAGCUUCACCUUCAGACAACAAAAAGGUGAUUGCUGUUAAAGAGGAGCAGCAAGAGUGGAGCUCCAGUGUGGACCAGGAGGACCCAGAGCCCCUACGAAUUAAGGAGGAACAGGAGGAACUCAGGAUCAGUCAGGAGGGCGAGCAUUUUCCAUUCACUCCUGUCCCUGUGAAGAGUGAAGAUGAUGAAGAGAAACCUCAGUCCUCACAGCUUCAUCAAACACAAGCCGAUGGAGAGGACUGUGGCAGACCAGAACCAGUGCCCGGAGACUCUUCCGAACCCGAGACUGACGACAGUGACUUUUGGAAGGAGACGAGAGAACCACAGUCAGGUUUAAACUUUCUGAAGAACAAUGAUGUUCCCGUUAGCGCUGGUGGAAAACCACAUAGCUGCUCCGAGUGCAGCAAAGGAUUCGGCCUUAGGGGGGACCUGAAAAAACACAUGAGAACUCACACCGGAGAGAAGCCGUUCAGCUGCUCGGUUUGUCAGAAAUCUUUCACCCAGAGCGGAAGUUUACAGUCGCACAUGAAAAUCCACACAGGUGAGAAGCCGUUUGGCUGCUCUGAGUGCGGUAAAAGAUUUGGCCGCAAGGACUACCUGAGGACGCACCAGACGACUCAUACUGGAGAGAAACCGUUCAGCUGCUCGGUGUGUCAGAAGUCUUUCACGGUGAUUGGAAGUUUGCAGAGACACAUGAGGAUCCACACGGUGGACAAACGGCACAGCUGCAGCAUCUGUGGUGAAAGAUUCAACCGGUAUAAUCAGCUCAGAGUCCACCUGUACAUUUGUCAUCAAACUCAGACCGAACUGAUGAAACAAGAAUCUGAUGGAGAGAACUGUCUAGGGCCAGAACCAGCCAGGAACUCCAAUCCAGAUACCGAUGGAGACCUUUCUGAAGCUGAGACUGAUGACAGUGAUGAUUGGACAGAGACUGGAGAGCCUCGGUCAAAAUUAGACAUGGAACCGUUCAGCUGCUCCGAGUGUCACGAACCAUCUGAAGACCCUUUGCUGACACACAGGAAGUACCACCCAGGAGAGAAACCGUUCCACUGCUCGGUGUGUAGCGCUGACUUCAGUGACAGUGAGGCUUUAGUCCAACACAUGAGGGUCCACACGAUACAGACCCAGUUCAGUUGCCCGAUUUGUAGUCAGGAAUUUGCGUGGAGACGAUACCUGACUAAACACAUGGAGGUCCACUCGAAGGACAGAAUCUACAGCCGGAGAUAUUUUAACAGAACGUUCGCCCGUCGUCGACAAGUCAAAAGACACAAGUGCGUAGAUUGUCAGUUGUCGCAGCUUCGUCAAACGGAGGAGAACAAAGAGGCGGAGCCUCCGUCCAGCAGCUCGACUCGACAGAUUAAAACAGAAGAUGAUGGUGAUGACUGUGGAGGACACGAACCAACCAGGAACUUGGAUACUGACCAUAGUGUCGAUAGUGUUGAUAGUGAUUUUUGGAAGGACACCAAAGAACGUCUGUCGAGUUUAAAGUCCCUGAAAACCGACGAAGCUCCCAUCAGCGACGAAAGACGCAGAACUGACAAGAAGACAUUAAGUUGCUCCGAGUGCGGGAAAAGAUCGGAUAAGAGAAGCCCGAGAACUCGUGCGGAAGAGAAGCCGUUCAGUUGUUCGGUUUGCGGUAAAACAUUUUCAAAGAGAACAAACGUGACGCAGCACAUGAGGAUCCACACUGGAGAGAAACGAUUCAGCUGUGGCGUUUGUCACAAAAGAUUCGCCUGGCGGUUGCAGAUUAAGAAACAUAAAUGUAUCGGUCGUCAGUCAUCACAGAUUCAACAAAGACGGACUAAACAGCUGAAAACAGCACCAGAAUCAGUCAAGAACUCACACCCACAUGUCCAAAGACCAGAAACUGAUCACCAAAACGGAGUGUCAUCUAAAAUAAAGGUUGAAUUCGAUGACGGUUGGACCGAGGCCAGAGAACCUCAGUCAGGUUUAAACCCUCCGAAAAAUGAUAAACUUCCUGUCCGUGAUUUGGCACGAAGAACUGGUGAGAAACCGUUUACCUGCCCAGAGUGCGGGAAAGGAUUCGGCUCCAAGGGGAGUCUGAAGAUCCACAUCAGAACCCACACUGGAGAGAAACCAUUCGUCUGCUCGGUGUGCGGUAAAGGAUUCCACCGCAAGGAUAACUUAGUCCAACACAUGAGGUCGCACACGGAAGAGAAACCCUUUAGCUGCCCCUUUUGUCAGAAGUCGUUCACGCAGAGUGGGAAUUUACAAACGCACAUCAGAGUCCACACCGGAGAGAAAAGAUACAGCUGCAGCAUCUGCAACCAAAGAUUCACGUGGCUUUAUCAGCUCAGGAACCAUCAGUGUGUCGAGGGUCAGAAAAGUUUAAGACAAAAGGGAGGUCUGACAAAACAUCUGGGAGUCCACCGAGGUGGGAAGUGAUUCAGGUGCCGUGUUUCUGAACACUUCCGACACCAGAACAAACUGUGUCGAUGGUCGUUUGAAUGCACAUCACUGUACUUGGAUGAAUGUGCGUGGUCUUCUGCCAAAAUCCCAACCGUGGUGAAAAUUGUUCAAGACACCAAAAACUUGUCUCUGUGAUUCUUCUCCAAAUAUGGCAGCGCAUGGUCAGGAUGCUGAGUCUCAAAUCAGAUACUUCUGAGCUCUAGCGGUGCGUAAUGUACACCACAUACCGUAAGACUUCAAUUAAAAGUCUAGUCCCAAUUAAAUGCCCAGUCUCUCUUACAAGCCUGGUGUGGCUACACGUGUUAACAAAUAAAAGCGGAAAAAAAAGUCCAGAAAAGUUAAUAACUUAAAAAUUAUGGCGAAACGGUAGUUUCUUGCAACCCCAGAAUUAAGAUAAAAAUAUUCACAAACGAAAAAACACUUCUGGUUGCUGGUAAGUAGUGUUUAACUUUUGAUUUAACACUAAAAAUUAAAACUCUCGGCGCGCACUGCAGCGCAAGCAGACAGAUGCGCGACUCAGAGCAGCAUGUGUUACUGACACCAGACUCAGAGCGCAGCGGACCGUUCAAGCAGGACAUGAUAGCUUUUCUCCCUUAACUCACCAGUAAAGAAUACCUUUGUCCAUUUCAGAUAACCCGAGGCAAUAAUAUUCCUGUUCUCUGAUUUACUGUAAAACUUUUUUAGGCAAUUCAUGCAACAAUCAGACCAGAUGACUUCUUUACUCCGCCUAAUGGGGCCGGCCUUUAUUUGUCAACCAACCAAAAACAAUCAAUCAAUUAAAAACACAAAAAAAACCCAACUGUGAACGGACGGCAUGAUUAAAAUUGCACACACAAAAAGUAACCGAGUGGGGUUAGUCUCAACGCAAUUGAAUCGAACGCAACUGGACUUGGUUUUGUGACAUCAGUGACAUCAUUGGCCUUGUGAAGACCUCCCCAGAGGUUAAACACCUGGGUGUUUCCACACCAGUUUGUCAGACUAGUUCCAGCCUAGUCAGACAAGCAUGAACUGAUGAAGCCUCUUGGAUAAGAGCUGAAACGUCUUCUAAGACAAAACCAAGUCCAGUUGCGUUCGAUUCAGUUGCCUUGAGAUAACUAUGACCUGAAUGAAUAAGAAUAUCCACAGGCAAGGUCCCCCAAAAAAACAGGGAAACAAAAGGCAGAAUAUUCGAAUUUUGUUUUUCACAAUCGAACUAAUCCAUGCCAUCGAACGAAGCUUCGAAGCUUCAAAGCUUCAAAGCUUCAAAGCUUCCAAGUUUUUGGAUCAGCCCUAAAAAAUUUCAAUAUAUUUUAGUUGACAAAAAUUCAAAAUUUUAGUUGCCAAAAAAUCUAAACGCCUUAGUCGACUUAAUUAAAGUUCAAAAUGCUUUAGUCAAUGAAAAUUUAGAAUGGUUUAGUAAAUGAAAAAUCAAAACAUUUAGUUGAUGAAAAUUCAGAAAUUUUAGUCAAAGAAUAUUGAAAAUGUUUUAGUCUUCACAAAUUGUAGUUGACAAAAAUUCUGAAACUUUUAAGGUGAUGAAAAAUCUAAAUAUUUUAUUUGAUGAAAAUUCAAAAUUUUUAGUUGAGAAAUAAUCAAAAUGUUUUAGUUGGCCAAAUUAAAAAAUUUAAAAUUUUUGUUCAGGAAAAUUUAAGAUAUUUCAGUCGAUGAAAAUUCAAAAAAAUUAGUUGAUGAAACUUCAGAUAAAAGCUACACCUUUUGACAAAUAAAGGCCUGUCUCAAUUAAAGGCCUGGUCCGGUUGCAAAGCAAGUUAUUUUUAUAGAAGUUCUUCAGGAUGUAAAAAAAAGCAGUUUGUUACUACCUCGAAUCCUGUGGCCAUUCCUUGAUUACCCAGUAAGUUACUCAUAUUCCUUUAGUCCGUAAGGGUCCUCAACAGUUUUGUGUGAAAGGAAUUAAAGGCCUUUCCCAAUCAUUGGCCUAGUGAGUUCAGGGAUUUAAGCAAAUAAUCGCCCCGGCUACUAAUAGAAUUUUUAUGGUACAGUCUGUAAACAUAUCAGAGAUUCUUUCUGUAUUUUACUUGAGUUUGACGUUCAUUUAAAGUGUCUUUUAUUUCCGUAGUUUUUAUACGUUUAAGAGUUUUUAAUCGGUUCUUUUAAAAAUUGUUGUUUUCAUUGUCUGUUUUAAUCGUACUUUGUGACUCUGUUUUGAAAAGUUUUUUAUAAAUAAAAAUUAUUUAUAAAACAACUUUUAUCUUAUUAGAUAAACCAUGUUUACGAAGUUUUACUUUGAGGACAUAAUUUACAAUUGAAAAAGGUAAUAGAUAUAUUUUAUCGCAAUACUCAGCAUAUCGCAGUAAUAUUGCAUAGUGACUUAAGUAUCACUCAAGUAACUGCUUGGCAACCAGACCAGGCCUCUAUUUGAGACAGACCUUUACUUGUGAAAAUGUAGCUACACUGGGCUAGUAAAGGAGAUUGGGCUUUUCAUUUAAUUUUUAUGGUAUGUACGUAUGUAUGUAUGUAUACAGCCAUAAGGAACUCUAUAUUUUUUACGUAAAACCUUUGUUUACACUUUGGCUUAGCAAAGUGACUGCGCUAUGCUGACAAAGCAAUGCAACAAAUGUUUAUUUGCCUCAUGUGUCUUGCCAGUGUUGAUGAAAAUUAAACCUAUGUCCUUUGAUUAUUUUUUUUGCAUCAUUUCAUAUUUCUCAUUGUUUGUUAUUUGUAUAACUUGUGUUAAUAAGCGUACAUUUUCAUUUUAUUUUUUUUGUAACCCUACCCUGAAUAAAAUGAUACAACUUUGAAAUACA